AGUCAUAACCCCAUUGAUCUUCUUCAAUCCACAGAGGCCCCUUUUUUGUUCUAGAUUUGCUCGGACGGCCGAAAUUCGAAACAGAAGAUCAUCAUGCACUCGUUCGGCUACAGAGCUAACGCUCUGCUAACCUUCGCCAUCACCAUUCUCGCGCUAAUGUGCGCCAUGGCCUCUGUCUCCGACAACUUCAAUUCGCCGUCGCCGACCUCCGAAGUUCAGGUGUUGAAUAUCAAUUGGUUCCAGAAGAAACCGGACGGUGAUGAUGAGGUUAGCCUGACUCUGAAUAUAUCAGCAAAUUUGGAGUCAUUGUUUACAUGGAACACAAAGCAGGUCUUUGUAUUCUUAGCGGCUGAAUAUCAAACCCCCAAAAAUGCGUUAAACCAGGUCUCUUUGUGGGAUGGUAUUAUUCCUUCCAAAGAGCACGCCAAAUAUUGGAUUCACACUACUAACAAGUAUCGUUUCAUUGAUCAAGGAAGCAAUCUACGUGGUAAAAACUUCAACUUGACAUUGCAUUGGCAUGUUAUGCCGAAGACCGGCAAGAUGUUUGCUGAUAAAAUAGUGAUGACCGGCUUCCGCUUACCCGAGGCCUAUAGAUGAUCAAAUUUUCCAUAUCUGGUCUAACUUUAGCUUUUAAAGAAGGUGAUGAGCAAUGGAGUUAACAUUCGAAAAAGAAGCACAUUUUGUGGAUUUUCACUACUUAUAGAACUUGUAAUUUAAGAUUUUCUUUGAGUUUGCUAUACAGUAAUUUGACCCUGAAAAGUGAAAAGGUGAUUGGCUAGGUUGGUGCA